UGCAACUGUACCCUCCCCUCCCGCCAGUUCACCGUUUUGGCCAAGGAAGGCCUCUUCCCUCUUCCUCAUUGUCGCACGGUUCCUCCUUCGAGCAACACCGCAACCUGAUUUCUUCUCUCGCGAUCAGGUGAUCGGCACCCUUCCGUUAUACGCAAGUGUUAGUGACUUUCGCACCUCCGAACUGUUCUGUUUAUUCUGCGUUAUCGUGAUUACGUUUCUACUUGAAGACUCUUAACGUUUGCAUUCACGUUGCUGUGGUUUCUGUUUAUUUCGCGUUAUCGUGAUACGUUUCUACUUGAAGACUUUUAACGCUUAUCUUAAAAUUGCUGCUGUUUCUUUUGACUGUUUUCGGGUCUCCGUCGUUUUUUGUCGUGUAUCGUGUCCUGUUUAUUGUGUUUAACGUGAUGAUCCAAGUGUUCGGAAGUCUCUUGUACGCUCAAGAUCACUCGAAGUUUGUUUAAUCGCUAGAUCUACAAGUUGGAUGAAGAAACAUCUCCUACACCACAUUAAGGUCGAGGAUUUCAAGAGCCGAGAAUCCAACAUGGCGGAAGUUCUCAACAUGUCAGUCAACCUGUCCUACACCAACUUUAACAACAACGCUUUGGACUUGCGGAAAAGAGGCCGCGAAUCGCCAGAGGGUCUCGCCUGCCCGCCGAAGAGAUUCAAGUUCUACGCCAAGGACGACGGUCUGAGCCCCCCUAAGACCAUCAGCCCGGCCACGAGCCCAGGAAUCUUGACGCCCUCUCCGCCAUCCAGCCUGGACUACAGCCGGAGUAGCACACCCAUUCAGCGUUUGGACUCCAGCCGGAGUAGCCCACCCAUCCAGCGUGUGGACUACAAGCCCAAAGUUCACGCACCCGUUCUCUGGCCGCACCCAUCCAACGGCUACGCUGUCAACCACCUCGGCGUCUUCGCCGAACAGAGGCCGGCGCCCAUCAUCCCCAGCGACCUCCACGCGCGCUACUCCGAGUUCUUCGACUACGCCAAGAACAAGUUCUCGAUCAGAUCCCAGAGGGAGCAAAGACACAUCGAAGAAUGCAGACGUCUAGAAGAGUACAGACGGCGCUCAGCCUACCAGAUGGCACCCCCCGCCCGACUGAGCCCCACGGAAACGCCUUUCGGUAUGUUGAACCUGAACGUGCAACUCAACCGCUCGAGCAGUCUGUCCCCCGGAUCUCCAGUUGAUCACCGCUUGCUCUCGCCCAACCAGAUCAUGCGACCCCGCUCUGCUGAGAACCCUGCACGCUCGCCCAUGACCUACCCGUUGGAGCCGAAGCCCAUCAGACCUCAACCCCGAGUUGCCGAGACCUACAGUCGGACCCGCGGACCCCACAGUCAAGAUCGCGUUUCGCCGGUGUCCAUGGCCCGCGCGGACUCUUCACUGUCCGGCAAGGCGUCUCCGCUGUCGCAGCCCAGCUCCGUGGACGUCUCUGAAAGCUCGUCGGAGGGUCUCAAGUCUCUGUCUGGAGACUCGACUGCCGGUCUGAUUGGACUGUACUUGGACCAAGUUCACCCUGCCUUGUCGCUGACGGACAAGAUCAUCAACGCCGGUGUGACCGGGAAGCCGACGCGGCCGUUCAAGGCCUACCCCAAAGACCCGCUCUUCUUGGCGACCAGCCUGGCUGCGAUCGAUCCUGAGGAAUUCCGGUACUCGCAACAGGACUACUAUGAGUUCAGGGAGAAGAUGUUGUCCCUGUCAAGACAUGGUGCAGGUCAAUCCUAUCCAAAGAUGAAGCGCAGCGGUAGCCCUUCGACAGAAGCCGAGGGCGAAGGCACGAAGGACGCCCAGUACUGGGAGCGUCGGCGGAAGAACAACGAGGCGGCCAAGAGGUCCCGGGACGCCCGAAAAGCCAAAGAAGACGAGAUCGCCAUUCGCGCAGCCUAUCUGGAAAACCAGAAUCGCCUCCUAACAGCCGAAAUCCGCCAUCUCCGGUUCGUCACCGACCAACUCAAACGCUUGGCCGAAGAACGCGCUUACUCAGGGUAGAUGUCUUCCCUCCGCCCUCCUGUUUCAAGGGAGGUUUCACGCUGGAACCAAAAUCCAGGCGAGUCAGUUUUGUGAUAGCAUCAAAAGGCAGUAAUGUCAGUCUGCUCAUAGUCAUUUCUUCAUUUUUUAGAGUAUCUAAUUCGCGCUUUGUGAAUUUGCUUGUCAGAGUCAAUUUGUAAUAUUUGCGGGUAAAUUUGUCAUUGUGACGUUUUGUACUUUUUUAAGAGUACCUAAUUCGCACUUCGUGAGUUUUCUCAUGGGAGUCAAUUUCUAAUAUUAGUGAGUAAGUUGAACUUUCAAAAGUUCAGUCACAAGAGUCAAUUUGUAAUAUUUGCGGGUAAAUUUGUCAUUGUGACGCUCAGUAUUUUUUUAAAGUGCCUACCUAAUUCGCACUUCGUGAAUUUUUUUCUGAAAGUCCAUCUCUAAUAUUUAGCCUCGUUGAACUUUAAGAUGUUCAGUGAAAAAGUCAAUCUGUAAUAUUUGCGGGUAAAUUUGUCAUUGUGACGUUCCGUUUGAGAGGUAGUUUCCAAUUUUCUCAGUAUUUUGAAUUUUGUCAAUUUCCAUCGUGAGAUCGGCUCGCACGCCCGCUAGGUUUCGCCAAUGAAGUUAUUCAUCUUGUUGGGUUAGUCACUUCUGUAAAUAGAUUCUCAUUUGAUGAUUUUUUAUGUAAUUAUGUACAGGAUAUAUUUUGUAUAUUUUUUAAUUCGGCAUAGAGUCUUUAAUUAUGGAUAGGUAUGAUAAAAAUUUGUGUGUAAUUUCUUGAAUUUUUUCAACAGGCCUUGAAUUGUACACACACGUGACAAACUAUUUGUAUUGUGUUAUACCUAACUUUCCAAAAUUUGUGGGAAUGUAUUCUUUUCAUUCCAAGUCUGAAAGAAUCAGAUCAUAUGUAGGGAAGGACGCUAAACCAGAGGGUGUUAUCACUCAUGUCUGGGUCAGAUAAAUUAUUACAGAAUUAUAUUUUUGACUAAAUUGCACUUAUCAAGUAUUAAAAGCUCUAUAUAUCUGCGACAUAUUGUGUGAUAUAAAUGUAUAAUAUGUAUUUAAACAUUUCAUCAAAAUACAGUGUUGAGACGAGUACAUUACGCUGAAUGAAAGUUGUUUUGACUUGGAGCUUUUGUAACUAAAGUUAUGCCCAUCAAAGAACUCCCCCUAAUUAUUCGAGGAUUAUAAUUGUAAUACGCUUCCCGGUAUUCUGUCAUUUCAUGUUGAUUUUUGUCGACAGAUGCAAUGAGAAUUUAUAUUUCUUUUUUUGUAUUCUUCUUCUUUUCGCUGUUCUCUUUUUACUUCUUAUCGGUGCGUUUGUGAUACCGCAUAGUUGAAUUUGUUUCAACCCAUUGACAUCUGGCAAUGCCUCAAUAUUAGGUUACAUAGAUCAACGUGCGAUCUUAGGACCCGGUUUUUAAUUCUGAUUCUAAAUUUAAAUGUGCUUGAAACUAUUCAAGAGCAGUAUUUGUUAAGGAAAAGAUUUCGGUUUUAUUUUAAUUUAGAUGUAUUUUCGUCAAAUCGCAAUGCAUUCCAAUCCCAGUCGAAUUCCAGCUUCUAAAGUUUGGAUUUUAGUUUUAUAGUUUGGCACUACGUGCAUUAUUAUAUUUUUUUAUAAUCUGAGAUUUGUCUAUUUUUAUUUAUUAAAAGUUUUUUUCGUGUGUUAAA